AUGACGGAUUCAAAGAGACAAGUGGGAACCACCAAUCAGCUGACCAUCGAUGAAGAAGCCAUCAGGACCGUUGGUGAUCGUGGCAAGCUAUUUGGUCGCGAGAGGAAGGGUUGGGUAGGGUUUGUAGAGUGGAAAGAUCAUCCUGACAAGAAGCUAGGCCCUAUUCCAGGAACUCGCUGGAAGAUGUGGCAUCAUGCUGUCGGUGACGAAAUCACCCAAAUCCCAGGCGACCCCUGGGACAUCGUUUUGAAAGAGAAGCAUCCUGACAUACUUCGCCUACUGCAGUUCCCAUAUAAUGGAGAGCCGCCUAAGCGAUUCUUUACUGAUAGAGAGAUUACACUAAACCCAUUGCAUCUUUCAGGGACCAUGGUGACACCACGUUUGUUGACCCUAGAUGGGCUUAUGGAUCAAACUAAAUUCCCUCACAUCGAGAAAGUGGUAACGAUACAAUGCUCCGGCACGAGACUCAUUGAACAGAUUCUGAAGUAUCCUGACGACAAAGUCAUGAAUUAUCUUGUCAGCGUCCCUUGGUCUAAGGUUAAGGAAAACGAAGUUCUCUUAGCAUGGGAGAUGAACGGAGAGCCAAUGCCUCGCAUUCAUGGCUGCCCUCUCCGACUUGUUAUCUUGGGUUACAUUGAUGCAAGAAGCGCGAAGUGGGUGUAUCGGACCAAAGCCAUCGAGAAGCCAUCCCGGGCGCCUGUGCAAAGCCAAAAGUACCUCUAUUUUCCUCAACAAGUGGGCAAACAUGAGCUGGGAUUGACAGACUGGAUUCAGGCUCAAAAAAUGUCAGUCAGCUCGGCAGUUAUGUCACCGUGGACAAAGCAAGUGCCAAAACGCAUCGAGCUUUCGGCGGACGGCGGGUUUAACUGGUACACAGUCCCUUUCAAAAAUAUGUCUAAGAAACGCAAGUGGAUCUGGCGUACCUACAAGUUCGAUCUUCCAUAUGACCUUGAAGGUCGGGUUGAGAUUGUGUAUCAAUGUUGGGACAACGCACUCAACACACAACCUCCUGACGUUCGAACCGCUUGGAACUGGGUCUUGUAUGUCACUAACUCCUGCCAUCGUAUCUCCGUGUAUAGCGUCAACAAAUCUUCGUCUAAGAUAUACUGUUCUAGAUGCUUGAAGAAUUUUUAA